UCAUAAAAUAACUCACAGAAAUACUUCAAGAUGGCCAAGCAACCAGAAAACGAAGACAGCAAUGAGUUCCUUUUCCUUGACAAUGACUUCAAAAACAGUGGAGUGGCCCAGGCUGAUUGGUCGACCAAAAAGAUGGUGUGGAUACCUUCAGAAAGGGAAGGUUUUCAGUCAGCCAGUAUCAAAGAAGAGACAGGGAAUGAGGUGGUGGUUGAGCUUGACAAUGGAAAGAAGGUGACCGUCAGCAAAGAUGAAAUCCAGAAAAUGAACCCACCCAAGUACAACAAGGUUGAAGACAUGGCUGCACUGACUUGCCUGAAUGAGGCCUCAGUGCUGCAUAACAUCAGGGAGAGGUAUUUCUCAGGUCUCAUUUAUACUUACUCAGGCCUCUUCUGUGUGGUGGUGAACCCCUAUAAGUUGUUGCCCAUCUACUCUGAGAAGAUCACUGAGAUGUACAAGGGGAAGAAGCGUCAUGAGGUUCCUCCCCACAUCUAUGCCGUCACUGAUAAUGCCUAUAGGAACAUGCUGCAAGAGCGCGAGGACCAGUCUAUUCUCUGCACUGGUGAGUCGGGUGCAGGAAAAACGGAAAAUACCAAAAAGGUCAUCCAGUACCUUGCAGUUGUGGCAUCAUCACACAAAGGAAAGAGACACCAGCUCUCAACAAAAAGGACCCCAGGUGAGCUAGAGAAGCAGCUCCUGCAGGCCAAUCCUAUUCUGGAGGCAUUUGGCAAUGCAAAGACCAUCAAAAAUGAUAAUUCCUCAAGAUUUGGUAAAUUUAUUCAAAUCAACUUUGACAACACUGGCUACAUCGUUGGAGCAAACAUUGAAACCUACCUCCUGGAAACGUCUUGGUGUAUCCGACAGGCCAAAAUCGAGAGAUCCUUCCACAUCUUCUACUACAUGGUGACUGGAGCCAAAGACAAAAUGCGAGAUGAGCUCUUGCUAGAGGAUUUUAGUAACUACCGUUUCCUGGUGGCUGGGCAUGUGCAGGUACAAAACCAGCAAGAUGAUGAGAUGUUUGAAGAGACUCUGGAAGCCAUGGAGGUCCUGGGCUUUAAUGAGGAGGAAAGAAUUGGCAUGUUGAAAGUAUGUUCUACUGUACUGCAACUGGGGAAUAUUGAGUUCAAAGCAGAGAAAAACCAGGAGCAGGCCAGCAUGCCGGAUAAUACAGCUGCACAGAAAGUGUGCCAUCUGCAGGGGAUUAAUGUGACUGACUUCACCAAAGCUAUUCUCACUCCUCGCUUCAAAGUAGGCGGAGAGCUGGUACAGAAAGCACAGACCAAAGAACAGGCUGACUUUGCAAUUGAAGCCUUGGCCAAGGCCAUGUAUGACCGUCUGUUUCGCUGGAUCUUGGCAUGUGUCAACAAGGCUCUAGAUAAGACAAAGCGCCAGGGAGCCUCUUUUCUGGGCAUCUUAGACAUUGCUGGGUUUGAGAUUUUUGAGGAUAACUCGUUUGAGCAGCUGUGCAUCAACUACACCAAUGAGAAACUGCAACAGCUCUUCAAUCACACUAUGUUCAUCCUGGAGCAGGAGGAGUACAAGAAGGAAGGCAUCGAGUGGAAUUUCAUCGACUUUGGUCUGGACCUCCAGCCCUGCAUUGAGCUCAUUGAGAGACCGAACAAUCCUCCAGGUAUCCUAGCUCUGCUAGAUGAGGAGUGCUGGUUUCCAAAAGCAACGGAUGUUUCCUUUGUCGAAAAACUCACAAACACCCACUCAAGCCACUGCAAAUUCUCUAAACCUAAGAAUCUAAAGGAGAAGGCUUUCUUCACUGUGCAACACUAUGCUGGCAAGGUGGAUUAUAAUGCCACAUCUUGGUUGACUAAAAACAUGGACCCACUCAAUGACAAUGUCACAGCUCUGCUGAGUAACUCUUCCAGUGCAUUUGUGCAGGACAUCUGGAAAGAUGUGGACCGUGUGGUGGGUUUGGAAACCAUGGCUAAAAUGGCUAAGUCUGAUAGCGCAGCUCCUACUGCUUCAAAGUCCAAGAAAGGCAUGUUCCGCACCGUAGGACAGCUGUACAAGGAGUCUCUUGGCAAGCUCAUGACAACUCUCCAUAACACUCAACCAAACUUUGUACGCUGCAUCAUUCCCAACCAUGAAAAAAGGGCUGGCAAGAUAGAUGCCCACUUGGUUCUCGAGCAGCUGCGCUGUAAUGGUGUACUGGAAGGGAUCCGCAUCUGUCGCCAGGGCUUUCCCAAUCGCAUCGUCUUUCACGAGUUCCGCCAGCGCUAUGAGAUCCUAGCUGCCAGGGCUAUUCCUAAAGGAUUCAUGGAUGGAAAACAAGCCAGUACUCUUAUGAUCAAACAUCUAGACUCGGACCCCAACCUGUACCGGAUUGGUCUGAGCAAGAUAUUUUUCCGCACAGGAGUAUUGGCACAGCUGGAGGAAGAACGUGACCUGAAACUGACUGAUAUUAUAAUUGCCUUCCAGGCCCAGGCCCGUGGCUUUCUUAGCAGAAAGGCGUUCAGCAAGAAACAAAAGCAACUGACAGCCAUGAAAGUGAUUCAGAAGAACUGCGCUGUUUAUCUGACACUCAAGAACUGGCAGUGGUGGAGACUUUUCACUAAAGUCAAACCCCUGCUUCAGGUGACUCGUCAAGAUGAGGAGAUGAAUCAAAAGGAGGAGGAGCUUCAUAAAGCCAAAGAAAUUGCCCAGAAGUCUGAAGCUGAACUUAAGGAGAUCACACAGAAACACAACCAGGUGGUAGAAGAGAGGAACCAGCUUCAAGCCAAGCUACAGGAGGAGGCAGAGUUGUAUGCAGAGUCUGAGGAGGUUAGGAUACGGCUGGAGGCCAAGAAGCAAGAGCUAGAGGAAGUGCUGCAUGAGAUAGAGGCUCGACUUGAGGAGGAGGAGGAGCGAAGCCAGGUCUUUCAGCAAGAGAAGGCGAAUCUGCAACAACAACUCAAGGAUUUAGAGAAACAUUUAGCAGAAGAAGAAAAAGCUAGACAGAAGCUUCAACUGGAAAGUGGGGCUGCAGAUGGGAAUAUUAAGAAAUUUGAGGAAGAUCUUUUCAUCGUGGAGGAUCAAAACAGCAAGUUGCAGAAGGAGAAGCAACAGUUGGAGGAGCGGCUAGCUGACUUUUGCUCCAACCUUGCUGAGGAGGAAGAGAAAUCCAAAAACUUGACCAAACUGAAGGCUAAACAUGAAUCUAUGAUUUCAGAUCUUGAAGUUCGAAUGAAGGAGGAAGAGAAAAGUCGGCAGGAUGUGGAGAAAGCCAAACGUAAACUGGAGACCGAGUAUAAUGAUGUACAGGAACAAUUAAAGGACGCGCAGACCCAGAUAGCAGAACUCAAGACACAACAAUCCAGAAGUGAAGUGGAAAUUCAGGACCUUCAGGCAUGCAUGGAAAAAGAAUCAGCUCAGAAGAGCAAUGCUGUGAAAAAGAUACAGGAAAUGGACGUGCUUGUCUCAGAGCUUCAAGAUGAGCUCGAAGCUGAGCAGGAUACUUGUAGAAGGUCAGAAAAAGCCAGAAAGGAGCUGGAAGAAGAGCUGUUGGCCCUGAGGACUGAACUGGAGGACUCACUAGACACUACAGCAGCACAACAACAGUUACGGGCUAAGAGGGAGCAGGAUGUGGCCAUGCUGAAGAAGUUGAUAGAAGAUGAAGGCCGAAGCCACGAGGCUCAAGUGAAUGAGAUGAAACAAAAACAUGCUCAGGCUGUAAAUGAACUUAGUCAACAGCUAGAGCAAACCAAACGGGCCAAGGCCAGUCUGGAGAAGGCGAAACAGGCCUUAGAGAAGGAGGUUGUAGACUUGAAUGGAGACCUUCGCUCGCUGGGUAAUGCCAAGCAGGAUGUGGAACAGAAGAAGAAGAAGGUGGAGACCCAGCUUGCUGACCUUCAGACUUGCUUCAAUGAGAGUGAAAAGAAGAGGGAAGAGUUUGGAGAUGCAGUGUCUAAACUGACUAUGGAGUAUAACAAUGUGAAUAGCAUCCUCAAUGUGGCAGAGAGCAAGAACAUCAAGCUGAGUAAAGAAGUUACUAGUCUCAACUCACAGCUCCAGGAUACACAGGAGAUACUUGGUGAGGAGACCCGUCAAAAACUUAAUUUUUCCACUCGGCUACGUCAAAUGGAGGAUGAACGAAACAGUCUGCUGGAACAAAUAGAAGAAGAGGCAGAAGCCCGAAGGAGCAUGGAGAAACAGGCCUCCAGCCUUACCACACAGGCCAGUCACUCACAUUUACCUGGCAUGUCUGAUGAGAGGCGUCUGGAAGCCAAGAUUCAACAGUUGGAAGAGGAACUUGAUGAGGAACAGGCAAACACGGAGACGCUCAAUGAGAGACUGCGAAGAAGUGUACAGGAGGUGGAUCAGCUGACCAGUGAGCUGCAUGUCGAACGCUCCAAUGCUCAGAGGAUCGAGAGUGGCUGGCAGCAAAUGGAGAGGCAGAACAAAGAGCUGAGGGCCAAACUGCUGGAGAUGGAGGGACAGGUCAAGUCCAAACAACGGGUCUCCGUCGCUGCACUAGAGACCAAGUUACAACAAAUGGAGGACCAACUGGACCAUGAGAGCAGGGAGAGACAAGCUAUUGCCAAGGUCAUGCGUCAGAAAGACAAGAAACUAAAGGAACUGAUGAUUCAGAUAGAGGAUGAACGAAAACAGAAAGAGCAAUAUAAGGACCAAGCUGAAAAAGCAAAUCUGCGAUCAAGGCAGCUUAAGUUUCAGGUGGAAGAGAGCUACGAGGAGUCUCAGCGUGCCACUGCUGCCCGGCUAAUAUACUUUUUAUAUAUUUAA